UUGCGUUCUCAAAAAAACUUAAAGAAAUCUAAGAUAUUGUAAAUCAAUGCAUUCGAGAAGUGACAUUGCGACACAAAGCCUGGGAGGCGUGGCCUCCGUGAAUAUUAAGCAGAGAGGCGUGGCUUGGCUUCACCUGAGACUGCUCCGAGGAGCGUGCAGCAUGUAGCGCAGUACACGGUCAGAUCUCUGGAGCAGAGGCAUCAUUAGAAGAACAACAGGGAAUCCAGUGGAAACACGGGAUGACCGAUGCUUACUUUUUCUGAAAGAGUCAGCGGGAAACCUUUGACAGAGCAAGGAUGAGUUAGCAGCCCAUGACUGCACUGCUGGAAGCGGGAGCUUGUUCUAGUGAAUCAGCAUCAAUUACACAACAACAUUAUCUUCAGGAAAGCACUGCUGGAGGAACCUGCCUGGAUCUUAGCAGAACCUACAAUGUUGAUCAUGCGGCGGAACAAACAGCCCAACUUCAACCUGUUGGUGCUUGGAUACCUAAUACAUGUCAUUUGGGGUUUUCCAUUUGGACCGGUUCUUGACGUGGAUGUCACCCCCAGGACAACUGUGCAUGUCAAAGGGCUGCUGGGUUGUAAUCAUUUCCGUGGAGCUGCAGUGAACUACAGUUCUCUUUUAUUGGAGGACGGACCAGGGCUGUUGUAUGUUGGUGCCAGAGAGGCCAUUUAUAAGCUGGACACCACUAACAUCUCUGACACCAGUGUUUCUGUUUCUCUUGAAUGGGCAGCGUCUGCAGAACAGAAAAGGCAGUGCCUGAGCAAAGGAAAGAACAAUCAGACUGAAUGCUACAACCAUGUGCGGUUCCUGGACAGAUACAAUGACACUCACCUGUACACCUGCGGGACGCAUGCCUUCAGACCACGCUGUGCUUACAUAGAUGUGGCUCGCUUUACCUUUGUGCGUUUUGAGGAGGGAAAGGAGAAAUGUCCUUACGACCCUGCAAAGGGCUACACUGGAUUCCUAAUAGAUGGUGAAAUGUACUCGGCCUCCCAGUAUGAGUUUCGUAGCAUCCCUGAUAUACGAAGAAAUUUUCCCUUCCCCAACUUGAGGACGGACGAUUCCCCAACAAGAUGGCUGCUUGAGUCAGAUUUUGUCGGCUCAGCGCUACUCAGAGAGAGCAUCAACAGCUCCAUCGGGGAUGAUGACAAACUCUACUUCUUCUUUACGGAGAGGAACACCGAACCGACGGCUUACUCCAGCCAGACCAAAGUGGCCAGGGUGGCCCGUGUGUGUAAGGGGGACAUUGGAGGACAGAGGACUCUUCAGAGAAAGUGGACGUCCUUUCUCAAGGCCAGACUGGUGUGCGCCAUUCCUGAUUAUGAGCUUUAUUUCAACGUGCUACGCAGCAUUUUCGUCAUGGAGGGAAACGACGUACACGACAGUGUCUUUUAUGGUGUUUUCGGACUUGAGUGGAGAAAUGUUAAGAUGUCUGCAGUGUGUCAGUAUUCACUCAGAGAUGUCCAGAUAGCUUUUGACGGGCCUUACAUGGAACUACAGGACACCAAAUGGAGGGAAUACACUGGGAAAGUUCCAGAACCAAGGCCUGGCUCGUGUAUAACCGAUCAGCAUCGGGCCCAGCUCAUAAAUUCCUCCCGGGAUCUCCCUGACAAUGUACUGAAUUUCGCUCGGAGACAUGCUUUAAUGUCCGGACAGAUCCAGCCUGUGGGAGGACGUCCUGUGUUGCUCCAGAGGAGUGCAGACUACACUAAGAUUGCUGUAAAACAAGUUGUGGGUUUGGAUGGACUCGUCUAUGACAUGCUCUUCAUUGGAACAGAUGAGGGCUGGUUACACAGGGCUGUGAAGAUUAGAGACCACGUUCACAUCAUCGAGGAGCUUCAGCUGUUCGAGAAGAAACAACCAAUCAAUAACAUGGUGAUAUCACAAAAACAGAACAGCAUCUAUGUGAGCGCAGCCUCUGGAGUGGUGCAAGUACCCCUGUCAUCCUGUGAGCGCUACACCUCCUGUUAUGACUGUGUGUUUGCAAGAGAUCCGCUCUGUGGCUGGGAUGGCAGAGAGUGUGCUGAAAUAGCAGCUUAUGCUAACAGGUCCAGUCUUAUCCAAGACAUCCAGAUGGGAAGCAGAGGCUGUACGAACAUUACAAGUGAUGGUUUUGUCAUGCACCGUACUCGUGCCGUGAUGGCGGGAGAUGAUGUUCUGUUACAAUGUGAGAUCCGCUCUAACCUGGCCACCCCUCACUGGACGCUGAAUGGUCAGGAGCUGGAAGGCUACGAUGUCGACUUCGGCUACCGAACUGGCACAGAUGGCCUCCUCAUCAUUGGAGCUCAAAACCAGCAAAGUGGACACUACCGCUGUUACGCAGUAGAGAACGGCGUCUGGGUUCCUGUUCGCAGCUAUAUGGUACGAGUCCAGCCCGUUCCACCCCCUGCAUCCCAUUUCUCAGGAAGCCCGACGGCUUUACCCGAAAGCUUCUUUACUACCACAACUGCCCCAACUCCGAGUCCCUCCAGCGGUCCUGUGGAGCAGCUUCUGUCGCCUCCACCAGCUCUGUUGCCUUCAAGACCGGAGUUCCAGACGUACAGGCACAUGGAGGCUAUGUAUAUCUCUCUGGUGGCUGUUCUCGGCGGGCUUUGCCUGGUUCUGACGGUGGUCCUCCUGUACGUUAGCUUCUGUGCACGCAACUCUCCCAAUGCCAGAAAGUACUCCCAGCAAGCUCUGUCCAUAACCACAGCGCCCGACCGAAAGAGGAGCUCGCACUUUGAGCUCAAAACCAUCUCCAGCCACUGCAAUGGCAGAGCGGAAGGCCGUAGCAGAGCGAUGUCACGAGAUGGAGAGUUUCUACAGAUAGUUCCGGUGGACAUCCAGUCUUCGCCUAGUAAGGAACCCCCACCCGCGCCGCCGCUUCCUAUGCCACCGCCCCUUCCCGCAUCGGAGUACGCCAAUGGACUGUCAGCCACAUUGCCCAGUGUGCUGAGAAAGAUGAACGGGAAUAGCUACGUACUCCUGAGGCAGACGGACACCGAAAUGACGUCUCCGCUUUACCACUCCUUCACCGAGGAGCUCAACAGGAUUCUAGAAAAGAGGAAACACACACAAUUGGACAUCCAACCAGAUGAGAGCUCUGUGUAGCGCAAUCUCGCACCGCUAUAUCGCCCCCUUGUGAUGUGGAGGCUUACAUUUUGUAUAAGAGCCAGGAGAACUGUGUUGUGAAGUUCUUUGUGAUCUCGAUAUACAACUUUAACUUAUUUGACGCAUUUGAGAAUCAUCUUGUGAAAAUAUAUUUGUGAAAACAUUGGUCGACUUUACGUAAAAUGUAGCUAAAGACCGUGCAAAGUGUAAAAAUGACAAGGUGGACUUCAAUCAAGAACAUGCAAAUUUACUGAACAUACUGAAUUUGGUUUUGUUGUUCUGUUUUCACUGAGAAUUAAGAGACUAAAGAACACUGUCCAAAGACUUUCUCAGCAAAGCAAUGCAUAUUUGUACAUAAUGUGGUGUUAUUACGCAAAUGCAGACGUUUACAGAUUUUUUUGUUUUUGCAUAAUUGCACCUGAUGUAAAUAACAAUCAUUUUAUUAUCGAAGAAUAUUAUGUGGAAAAUUCUUCGCACGUUCAUUAAUAAUUCAGAAAGAGUUUGGGUUUCGAGCUUGUUGACAUCAUGAGCGAGAGGGCACAUGUUCUUGAGCUUUUGACUUUUUAACAACGCAAUCCGGCGCUAGAUUGCAGGAGCAGCAGGCGUUAGCACAUGCAUCGUUGACAUCUACAGAUACAGAGGUGGUCAUUUUCAGAGCCACUCAGCUGUAGAAUUCAACGCCUCCUUCAGGGAUGAGUUGUGUUUCUCUUUGGCAGUGUGUCAGAACGAGUGAAUAGAUCUCAAAAUGGAAGCAACAUUCUCUCUGAUAUAUGAUUUCCCUGUCAAAUGCUGUCCAGCUUUGACAGAAUAUGCUUUUUAUAUUUAAAUGAAGGAAGAGAUGCUCACAAAGAGAAGCAAAUGCCAAAAUACCAGGACUUUUGAAGUUUGAUGAGUUUGCAUUUGGUUAAUUUUGUGCAUUUUGAAUGCAUGACAACAAUUGACUGUUUUAAACUCCAGACAUAAAUGUAUUUCUAUUAGGGCUGUCAGUUUAGUAAUGUAAUGUACUAAAAUGAAUUUUAGAAAUCUAAUAUACUACAGCUAAGAUGUUUGGGUUUCAUAUUCUAUGCUCACCAUCUAAAAUACAGUAAAAACAUCAAUAUUGUGAAAUAUUAUAACAAUUUCAUGUUAAAAUCUAAUUUAUUCCUUUUAUAGCAAAACUGAAUUUUCUGCAUAAUUACUUCCAUCUUCAACAUUUUUUUUAUAGAAACCAUAACACAUUUUUGCAGGAUUCUCCGAUGAAUAGAAAGUUCAAAGAUUUUUUUUUUUUUAUAUAUAUCUUACUAACACUAAACUUCAACAGCAGUGUACUGUUUAUUAAUUAUUUAUCAUGUUAAUAUUUACUGUUUUAACACAAAUAAUAAUGCCCCCUAAUCCAAAUACAAAAAAAAUAGCAAUUUCUUUGAUAUAAUGACAUUAAAAUGACUAUUUACUGAUUAUUUUUAUUUGGGGGCUUUUCUCAGCGACUGGGUACCUGAAAUCAAUUUGAGUCUGUAAUCAGCAUAUUGUAAUUAAUUAGCUUACAUUUAAACUGACAGGCCUAAUAUCUAUAUGGCUGCAUAUCUUAUUUCUGCUGUGUGUAUUGUGACCCUGGUUUUGUUCUGGUUUGUAAACAGUGUUACAGAGAGACGUGUUGAGUCAGCUCUUGUCGCUUCUCCCUAGUGGCUUUCCCAGCUCCGCUCGAGCUCGUGUUAGUCAGUGUUGCUGACAGGAACAGCGCUGCUUAGCAAGGACUCAAUCAAGAUGCAGAGAGAGAUGUGGAGUCUUUUCUUAAAGCAGCAGAAAGAGCAGAGAGAAACAUGAUGUGCUCGUUGGGGCCAGUAAGUUGUGAAGCUUGUAUACGUGAGUGCUGUCACACUGACACACUGUUCACCUUCUCUCAUUUUUUCCUUUCACUCUGGUGUUAUUUUGCCUCCAUGCACUUCAUGUCUGAUGAUCUACAUAACAUUUUUGAUCAGUCUUCCAUGAGACAUAUUUAUGUUGCAUAUGAGCGUCAUUAAAAAUAAAAAUCUACCUUUUUGGUUCACUGAUAUAAAUACAUUAUACAGGACUAAUUUUAUUGGGUUUUCGGGUUAAACAGGGUACUGCGGUUCAAAUAAUAAGGGUCCGUUUUAUAGCCAUUAGUACUUGUAUUCAGAAAGGAUGCAUUUUAUUUUUUAAAAGAGACAGUAAAGACAUUUAUAAUGCCACAAAAGAUUUCUGUUUCUAUAAAUGAUUGUCCUUGAUAAAAAAUAAUAAUAACAUCAUUUUUGGAAAUUAUGACAGUAAGAAAUGAUUCUUGAUUACAAAAUAGCAAAUCAGAAUCAUUUCUGAAGGAUGUGACACUGAAGACAUGAGCAAACAUUGCUGAAAAUGUAGCUUUUGCUGUCAAAACUGAUUGUUAUAGAAAACAGUUAUUAAAUUUGCAACAAUGUUUCACAGUAUUACUGUUUUUACUGUAUUUUUAACUGAAUAACUGCAUCCUUGAUGAGCAUAAGAGGCUAUAAACUUGAUUCAGCCGUGUGGAAAGUUAUUAUAUUGUGAUGAACGAUUACUAAGUCAGACUUUUUUCUUGCACGGAUGAAUUGUUCACCAUAUUAACGUGUAUUAAAAAAGUAAAUAAUUUUGAUUUCAUGUUGACUAAGUGCUGUAUGCCUAUGGUGUACCUCUAGUCAUAAACUGUGAUUCAUCAUGAUUUAAAUAUUAGCGGUUUGCUAUCAUUGUGUUUGUGAACAUCCACUGCCUUCCCUAUAAUCGCACAGAACGUUUUGCACUUAAUAUUUUCCCAAAGUUUUUGCUAUGCUUACAUGUCAGUCACGGUGUGUAUUCGUGGACAGAUCGUUUCACUAUUUUAGAGCUUAUAUUUACAAAAUGAUAUCUGAUGUUUACAUCCUAUUAAAAGUAUUUAUUAUCAUUGCAA